AUGGCGGCGGGCUCCGAUUUGUUGGAUGAUGUUUUCUUCAACACAGAGGUGGACGAAAAAGUAGUUAGUGCGUUAGUUGGGUCUUUGGAGUCCGAGUUGACGGGUGCGGGUCACGGUAACACCGCGGCUACGGUCCAGUCUACAGCAAAUCACACCGGCAAUCCACCUACAGGUAGUAAUUCCCAUGUCCAAGGCAGCAAAAUGGGACUUUCACGAGAGCUCGGUAAAGCAGGGACAGGGGUACAAGGAGGUGUCAUCAACAGUGCGAGGACCCACGGCUCGACCAUGGAUGGAGCAGCCGGGACCACAUCGGCGGCGGGAUCGGGCAUGACAGCGGGUCAGAGUCUAACCAAGACAGAGACAGUCAGUUGUGUUGUGACGGUGGUGCCUGAUCCUGGGGUCGGGAAACCUUUAACAGCUGGCGUUCAAACUUUGAAUGGAAGUAAUGUGGCGAUGAACUCUCAUACUCCCGGAGGCGCGUCUGUUGAUAGUAGCGGCAACAACCCACCGCCUGCUGUCACAAUUGUCAACAACGGACCUGGCUCUUUGACCAAAGGAAAUUCAGUUUUAUCUGCAACAUCUAGCACUAUCAUUCAGACCUCAUCGACAAAUGCGCAGAAUUCUGUCACUACGCCUGUAAUCUCAUCUCAGCCUUCAGUAAACAAUGUUCCUACAGUUACACUUGUGAGGCCACCUAUGCAAACUCCCACAAUUACCUCGCAGAGCGGGGGCAAUUCCACCACGGGUCUAUCGUCACAAGUGGCAAGUGUUGCAAGCACUGUUGUUCCAGGACCUAUGGUAAACAAAUUUGAGUCUCCUAAAACUAUUAUCCACACUACUGCACAAGUCGCAGCUCCAAGUGUUGCGACAACAGCCGCGAAGAGCCCUAAUGUUUUGCAAAAUGUCAGGACUUCGAUACCUUCUACAAUCGCUGCUGCUGGUCCCGGUGGAAUAAGAGCUAUUGCCCCACAAGUGUUAGCCCCUCGUCUGGCUCAGCCACAGCAAAAUGCUCCAAACAUCCAAAACAUCCAGCUCCCACCAGGAAUGGUCCUGGUUCGCAGUGAGAGUGGGCAGCUGUUGAUGAUUCACCAUCAGACUUUGGCCCAGAUGCAGGCCCAGGCCCAAUCUCAAAGUGCCAUGGCACCACGACCUGCAACCCCCACCAGCUCUCCACCUGUCCAGAUUACCUCUGUACAGGCUCCAGGGGCGCCCAUAAUGGCUCGUCAAGUGACCCCCACCACUAUCAUCAAACAGGGCACCACAGUUCAGACCAGUGUGCAGGCCACCACCACGCUGCAAAGACCUCCUGUGCUGCAGAACACCAUCAUGCUUGGAGGGACUGCCACCACUCCAGGACAACCCACUACUGUGCAGCCUGGAUCAGCAGCUACAGCCUUAACCCAAAGGAUAGGGCCCCCAGGGGCAACUGGGACUGCUGUUGCCCCUACUGCUAUCACGGCGGAAACGCUGGAAAAUGUGAAAAAGUGUAAGAACUUUUUGUCCACACUUAUCAAACUGGCAUCCAGUGGAAAGCAGUCCUCUGAGACAACUGCCAAUGUUAAGGAGCUGGUCAAGAACCUACUGGAGGGGAAGAUUGAGGCAGAGGACUUCACCAGUAGGUUAUACCAGGAGCUCAACUCCUCGCCACAACCAUAUCUUGUGCCUUUCCUUAAGAGAAGUCUUCCAGCAGUGCGUCAGAGGACCCCAGAUGCAGCAGCUUUUAUUCAGCAGAGCCAACUGCCCCAGCCUAGCCCUCAGCCCGCUGCCACAGCUUCCACAGCCCUGACUGCUGUGGUGCUCCGACCCCCUCUUUCCACCACCACCACGAGCGCAACCAGCACUAGUGGCAACAAAGCCCCAAUCAUCAGCGUGACACAGACACCUCACAGCAAACCUGGCCUGAUUGUGCCCCAGCAACAGGGGCCUAUGGUGAGGCCCCAGGUGACUCUGGCUCAGUCCCCCAUGGUUACACUCAGGGGACAACCCCAUAGUCGCAUCAUCAUGGGCCAGCCACAGGUGGUCAAGCAGCUGCAGACAGUUCCAGUGGUGAAGACUUUGGCCCCUGGGUCCAAAGGACUGCUUGCUGCCCAGUCGACUCUAACCGCUGCUCAGAAAAACAAGCUGAAGGAGGUUGGCGGUGGAACUUUCAGGGACGACGAUGACAUCAAUGACGUGGCCUCCAUGGCUGGAGUCAACUUAUCAGAGGAGAGCGCUCGUAUCCUAGCAACCAACUCUGAGCUUGUAGGCACAGUGACCCGAUCCUGUAAAGAUGAAGCCUUCCUCUCCACUUCUUCACUCACUCGAAGAACUUUAGAGAUUGGUAAGAAGUUUGGUGUCAGCGAGCUGGCUCCAGAGGUAAUCAACUACAUUUCCCAUGCUACCCAGCUACGACUACAGAACCUGUUAGAAAAAGUGUCAGAAGUUGCACAACAGAAAAACAUAAUCUUUAAGGAGGAUGAGCGGUAUGAGCAGGUCAGUGAUGUGCGUGCUCAGCUAAAAUUCUUUGAGCAGUUGGACCAGAUGGAGAAACAGAGGAAAGAAGAGCAGGAGAGGGAGAUCCUCAUGAAAGCAGCCAAGUCUCGGUCACGGCAGGAGGACCCUGAGCAGCUCCGACUUAAACAGAAGGCCAAAGAGAUGCAGCAGCAGGAGCUGGCACAGAUAAGGCAGAGAGAAGCCAACCUAACCGCACUGGCUGCCAUCGGCCCUAGGAAAAAACGGAAAAUGGAUUCACCGUUCAGCGGUGCCAGUGUAGAGGGCUCAGGAUCUGGCCCCUCACAGUCAGCAAACUCCGGUGGAGGGGGCUCUCGACAGUUUACGAGGCACCGCAUUACCAGGGUCAACCUCAGGGACCUGCUCUUCUGCCUGGAGAAUGAAAGGGGGACCAGUCACUCGCACUUACUCUAUAAAGGCUUCCUAAAAUAGCACAAACACACAAAUUGUAUUGACCAGCUUCACUCAGUGGCAUUGAGGAAGUAGUUUACCACCAACUCAGAGUCCCUUUCAGCUGAUACUUAUUUUAAUCUGUUAUCACUGAAUGACAAAAGAGACCUCCAUCUAAGGGGUUAAGAAAAGAGACAUCUGGAAGACUGUGGAGCUACUGGCUUUGCCAACUUCCCUAAAGCACUGGCCUUUCACGUUUGCAAUUUGCAAUGCAUUGAGAUGGAGUGGAAAAGUGAAACUCUUGGUCCGCCUUUCAGUGUGCCCCCCCAGAUUUUAACUACCCCAAAUACACCACACCUCAUACACUGCCCCCUGCUGUCUGGGAGCAACAUGUCCUCAGCUGAAUCAGCACCCAAAGGACUGGAAUCGUCAUCACUGUCAUUGCGGUGACAUCACUUGUCAAAACAGCAAUGACACUUGUUUCUCUUAAGAACAACAUUCAGGUUUAAGUGGUUGGUUUUACAGUACGGCAGUAAUGUUAUUGUAAGCGUGUUAUCUAACAAGACACUGCGAAACACAAAGACAACCAUGUUGAUUUUAGGUUUUAGCAGAUAGGAUUUUCAUUUUUCUUUUCUCUAGUAUAUUGUAGCACAAUUGUAAUGCCUGUGGAUAGUUUUUUUUUGUGAGAUUUAACAGUUCUGUUAUAUGCUGAGUUGCCUUCUUCCCAAAGUAAGCCAUAUGCAUCACAGCUGUCUAACCUGGUGGUGUCUAAAGAAUCUUGCUUCAUCUCCCCGUCAGUUUCCUCUGGGUUUGUAGGGUGCGAGUUUUGCUGUUUUUUAUUUUGUUUUUUUUUUAAGCGCUUUCUUUGUUUGACUUAAUUUGGUUGGAAAAUUUAUUAAUUAUUAUUUAUGUCGUAUUUGUUGGAAAUGUUAUGUCCAAUCUUAGCACAAACAUGUUUUUAUUCCAUGUCUCGGGCCACUGUAGCAUUCUUACUGUAAGAGUUUCUGAAACACCUCUCACUCACCAGUAGAUUAAGAUGAAGGGAUGGUUGACAACCUGUUUGGAGAAGAGACUAUUUUUUGAACAAAUUAUUCACAAUAAUUGCAGUAAUUUCAGAGUCAUAAUUUUGCAGAGUUGGAUGUCCACAUUUUGUGUAUGACUCAAGUGAGGCCUAAAUACAGAAUAUGGACUGUACUCUUGACAGCUUUCAGAAUAAGUUUGUCAGAUGGCACGCCCACUUUAUAUCUUUUUAUAUUUUGUGCACAUACUAAUUUUUUUCUUUAUAUCUUUUUAUCAUAUUGUGAAAGAAUGACUGUAUAUAUUUUGGUUUGCUUUUUUUGUAGAUUUGUCAGGUUGUAAUUUCACAUCAGGAAAGUUUGUCUUUUAAAGAAUCCUGAUUACUGCUUAUCAAUCAAUAUUGAUACUCUUGCCAGAUAGCCUGUUACAAAUGUUAGUCUGGAUUCUUGCUGAUUUCUUUUAUCGAUAAAACAUGCAAAGACCUGACAGAAAUAUAUGUACCAAUAUCAUGUAAAUUUUGCACAGCCACUUGUCGAUAUGUAAAUAGACUAAUGAAAAGGUUUUUAAUUGCUAUUGUUUUAUAGAGGAUUGAGAGAGAAUGAUCUCCAU